AUGAUGGCUGUGAGGGACCACAAUUUGUCAAAUGAUGAAGUGAUGAGAUAUAGCAGACAAAUCCUGGUACAGGAAUUCGGUGUUAAAGGUCAAGAAAGGCUUCGUGCCACUUCAUUAUUGAUUGUUGGUGCUGGCGGUCUGGGAUGUCCCGUUGCGCUUUAUUGCGCGGGAGCUGGAGUUGGUCGAAUUGGUAUUAUGGAUAGUGACUACAUUUCUUCCGACAAUCUUCACCGUCAGAUUGCAUAUGAUGAACGCUCUUUAGGCCAGUCAAAAGCAGAAUCGAUAAAAUCAUCAAUAGAAAGGUUGAAUAGCAAUGUUCUCAUUGAUGUGUAUAAAGAUUAUCUAUUUAAACACAAUGCGCAACACAUUAUUUCCAAGUAUGAUAUUGUCGCCGAUUGUACGGACAACGUCCCCGCAAGUUGCGUGCUUUUCCAGUAUUUGAUCAAUGAUGCUUGUAUACUGGCGAACAAACCUUUGGUAUCAGGAAGUGUUGUUCGUUGGGAUGGUCAGUUGUCGGUGUACGGUUAUGGCAAGGAUUGUCCAUGUUACCGCUGUAUAUUUCCUGAUCCUCCUCCAAUGGAUGCUGUAACAAACUGUUCUGACAACGGAGUGCUGGGACCAGUAGUUGGUGUAAUUGGCAGUAUGCAAGCUAAUGAAAUCAUCAAAAUUGCUGCGAUUAAAAAAUGUAACUUUGUUUAUCGGUUUAUUUCCGGCUCCUUUGCUGGUUUCUUAUAUUUGUUCGAUGCUUUUAAUGGUAAAGCAAAAACUAUCAAGUUGAGGCGGCAAAAAGCUAACUGUGCGGUAUGCGGUAAAAACGCGACGAUCACUGAACUUGGAGACUGCAAAGAAUUAUAUGGAUGUUCAAUCAGAAUAUAUAACAAGCUUCUGGCAACAAGCGACCGUGUCCAUCCGUAUUUUUAUUUUAAGCUCAGUGAAAACAAUGACAAGAAGCAGCUAUUGAUAGAUACAAGACCGCCGCACGAGUUUAGCAUUGGGCAUCUACCUAAUGCCAUUAAUAUACCAAUGGUAAGGCUUUGUCUUUCAAGUUCAGCAGAUAUAGUGCGCGAGCUAGGAACAGAUGUCAAUGAAAUGAGAGAUAAGGGAGUUUAUGUGAUUUGUCGUAGAGGUGAAGAUUCGCAGCUAGCAGUACUAUAUUUACGUAAAGAAUUUGCGGAUUCCUUGAUUUCCAUCAAAGAUAUAGACGGCGGUUAUGAGAAAUGGUCUCACGCUGUUGAUAAGAAUUUCCCUAUUUAUUAA